AUGUCGCCGCAGACGAAUCAAUCGGCCACGGCCGUCAAUAGCAACAGCCGUCAAGCUACCAAUGGACACUCAAUUGGUGCGAAUACUCAACCGCGACAGCCCUCGCCAAAGUAUCCGAAGCCCUCCAAGAUAAAGCCUGAGGGUAGCCAGUCGUAUCUGUCAGGAUUCAGGAGGCUCAGGGCGGCAUCGCGCAGGCCGCUUCCUACCGAGAUGGGAGAUGGCACAUAUCGACUAAUCAAACACCGCCCAUCUAUCAUGCAAGAUUUGCGCAGCAUUACAUUUGCGGAUCUCAAGACACUCAAAGACAUCAUCGCUGCUCAGUUGAAGCGCGAGAAACAGUCAGAUGACAAAACCAUGAUUAUGGAGCGCACGAUCCAGCUUGUCGCCGGACUGCCCGACUACUCCAGACGCCAGGAGCUGUUGACGAAUGAUUUCAUUGACAAGCUCUGGUACUCGCUGGAUCACCCGCCGCUUCUGUACAUGGGUGAUGAAUACCGAUUCCGCCAGCCGGAUGGAUCCAACAACAACCCAAUCAUGCCUCGGCUUGGAGCUGCUGGCACCGCCUACUCUAGGACUUGCAAGCCGCGAGGUAUGGGACUUGGUGCCCUUCCACCCCCCGACACCAUCUUCGAGUCCAUCAUGGCACGCAACGAAUUCAAGAAGAAUCCCAAUAAUGUUUCUAGCAUUUUGUGGUAUUGGGCAACGAUUAUCAUUCACGACCUGUUCAACAGCGAUUCCACAGACGGCAAUAUCAACAAUAAUUCUUCCUAUCUAGACCUCUCCCCGCUCUAUGGAAACAGCCAGGAAGCUCAAGAUACCAUUCGAACCUUUCGAGACGGAAAGCUCAAGCCUGAUGCAUUUGCAGACAAGCGCAUGCUAGGCAACCCGCCCGGUGUCUGCAUCAUUCUCGUCAUGUUCAAUCGCUUCCACAAUUACAUUGCUGAAAAUCUAGCUGCCAUCAACGAGGGUAACAGGUUCCCACAGCCUCCUCCGAACCUCGCCCCAGAGCAGGCCGAGGCCGCGUGGAAGAAGUACGACGAGGAAUUGUUCCAAACUGCGCGACUGGUGACGUCCGGGCUGUACAUCAACAUCACCCUCAUCGACUACGUCCGCAACAUCAUCAACCUGAAUCGGGUUGACACGACGUGGACUCUUGAUCCGAGACAGGAGAUGGGCGUUGCAGCCAAUACGGGAGAAGGCUCCCACAGCGGUGUCGGAAACUCAGUCUCGGCCGAGUUCAAUCUCUGCUACCGAUGGCACUCGUGCAUCUCAAAGAAGGACGAGGAUUGGUUGCAUGACUUCUUCUCAACUCUUGUGGGCAACACCGAGCAGGAACUCGACUUCGCCACAUUGAUGAAGGCGAUGAAGAAGCUCGAGAUGAUGGUACCCGAGGACCCGGGCGAGUGCGUGUUUGGCGGUUUCAAGCGAGGAACAGACGGCCGCUUCAACGAUGACGAGCUUAUGCGGGCUCUUACUGAGGCCAUUGAGGAGCCUGGUGGUGCAUUCGGCGCAAGGAACGUACCCAGGAUCAUGAAGCCGAUCGAAGCGCUCGGUAUCAUCCGCGGCCGCAAGUGGCACGUCGCGAGCCUCAACGAGUUCCGCAAGCAGUUCGGCCUCAAGGCGUAUGAUACCUUUGAAGAUAUCAACUCCGACCCGUACGUUGCCGACCAGCUACGCCACCUGUACCAGCACCCUGACAACGUGGAGCUGUAUCCGGGCAUCGUCGCCGAGGAAGCCAAGCAGCCGAUGGCGCCCGGUGUCGGCAUCGCUCCCACCUACACCAUCUCGCGCGUCGUCCUGUCCGACGCGGUGUCGCUCGUCCGGGGAGACCGGCACUACACGACCGACUAUCACAGCGGCGCGCUGACCAACUGGGGCUUCAACGAGGCCAGCUACGACCUCAGCGUCAACCAUGGCUGCGUCUUCUACAAGUUAUUCAUCCGGGCCUUCCCCAACCACUUCCGGGAGAACUCCGUGUACGCACACUACCCGAUGGUGACGCCGGCGGAGAACCGCAAGAUUCUGGCCAACAUGGGCCGCGCCGACUGGUUCUGCUUCGACCGCCCCGUGCGCGUACCGGACCGCGUCGACGUCAUCUCGCACCGCGCGUUCCGGCACGUCCUGGGCAACGAGCUGAAGUACCACCCACCAUGGGAGCAGGGGCUCGGCUACCUGAUGAGCGAGCGCAGCCUACGGACGCUGCUCGCAUCCGGGCCGGACCUGCACGCGAUCCAGCGCGCCUCCGUCGGCACCACGCUGUUCGGCGACGGAUGGAAGGCGGCGGUUAAGACAUUCUACACGGACAUGGCGGAGCGGCUGCUCACGGAAAAGUCGUACCGGCUGGCCGGGCAGGCGCAGGUGGACAUUGUCCGCGACGUGGGAAACCUGGUGCACACGCACUUCGUGGCGCGCGUCUUUAACAUCCCGCUCAAGACGGCGACGCAUCGCAGCGGCGUCUUCUCGGAGCAGGAGCUGUUCCAGUUCCUAACAAUGAUCUAUAUCUGCGUCUUCCUAGACUACGACCCGGUCAAGUCGUUCCCCCUGCGGCGUGCGACCAAGGCGGCGGCCGCGCAGCUGGGCGGCCUGAUCGAGACCAACGUCAAGCUGGGGCUGACACUUGGACUGAGGGGCUUGUACGUGCAAAAAUUCAAGAACGACGUGCUCGCGCAGUACGGCCACCAGCUCAUCAAGGCGCUGGCCAAGACGGGGCUCAACGCUCACGAGAUUGCCUGGAGUCAGAUCCUGCCGACGGCCGGCUCGAUGGUGCCGAACCAAGCCCAGAUGUUUGCCCAAUCCGUUGACUGGUACCUCUCGGGAGACGGCGAGCCAUACCGCGCCGAGAUCGAGCGCAUCGCCUCGCAGGACACCAGCGACGCCGGCGACGCGCUGCUCCUAGGCUACGCGAUGGAGGGCGUGCGCAUGGCCGGCACAUUCAGCCUGUAUCGCUCAGUCGCCGACCACGACACCGUCCAAGACGACCAUGGCAACCCGUUCCCUGUGAAGCGCGGCGACUCCGUCCUCAUCUCCGUCACGCCAGCCACGCGCGCCCAUGGCGGCGAGCUGCCAGACCCGGACGUGGUAGACCCGAGGCGCCCGCUGGACAGCUACGUGCAGCACGGGCUCGGCCCGGAGCUGUGCUUGGGUCGCGAAGUGGCACAGACGGCGCUGGUGGCACUGUUCCGCGCGCUGUUCCGCAGGAGGAACGUACGCAGGGUACCAGGCCUGCAGGGCGAGCUGAAGCGGCUGCUGAAGCCGGAUGGUAGCCACGGGUUCAUGACGGAGGACUGGGGCACCAUCUGGACGUUCCCUACCAGCAUGAAGCUUAUGUGGGAUGACGAGUAA